AUGUACUCUCAUGCCUACAAAGAGUAUUGGCUGAUUUUGCAGUAUUCCCUUGCUCUUACGGGAACGCAAAUGGAUGCCAUCUAUCACACUUCUAUCGUACUGAACGGUGUUGAGUACUAUUUCGGCCAAGGAAUCCAGACUUCCGUCCCGGGGAGUACUCAUCAUGGACAGCCAAUGGAAGUCGUGAAAUUGGGUACUACUGAGCUCCCAAGCGAUGUUGUUGAAGAGUACAUCGGCUCUUUGGCCACCAUUUAUACGCCAGAGUCAUAUGACCUCUUCCUUCACAACUGCAACAACUUUACCCAGGACUUGUCAAUGUUCCUUGUUGGCAAAAGUAUCCCAGAGCACAUCAUCAAUCUGCCUCAAACUUUCCUUGAAACGCCUUUCGGGCAGAUGAUGAAACCUCAAAUUGAGUCGGCUCUGAAAGGUGUCACUCAAGGCACCGGAUCAAGUCCUAUCCCUCGUGCCCAUGCCCAACCUGCUCCUGCUCCCUCCGUACAGAAGCCCACUGUAUCCACAGGGGGCACAGUCCGCGUGGUGAGCAACCUCAGUCAACUAGACAAUGAGCUCAGAAACGCGUCAAAUUCCUGUGCGGUCAUAUUUUUCACAUCGUCUACAUGCCCUCCCUGCAAGGCUGUCUACCCAACCUAUGAUGAACUCGCAGCCGAGGCCGGGGAGCGAGGUACGUUGAUCAAGGUUGAUAUCAGCAUAGCUUAUGAUGUGAGCAUGAAAUACAAUGUGCGCGCAACACCCACUUUCAUGACUUUCGUGAGAGGCGAGAAGCUUGAUGAGUGGAGUGGAGCCUCUCCGGCUCAGUUGACUGGUAAUGUGCGCAUGCUGCUUGAGAUGGCAUACCCAGCGCACCCUCAUCGUCAGCUACGCCUCCCAAGCCUCCAGCGGGAGAUUACCAACUUUGUCACCUACAAGAAGAGCCCACCACUUGACAAGCUCCUCCAAAAACUGCCAGUUGCAUUUAAGGAGGGUCGAGGAGUCAGGGAAGUGAUCGAAUUUGUCAGACUUCGUCAGUCUUCAGAGAACACGCCUAUAGCGGAUAUCAGAGUCCCUGACUUGCACGCUUUCGCCACUACACUGAACUCGGUAUACACAACACUCCCCAUUGAUAGCCACUUUGCAGUGGUCGAUUUGUUCCGGCUUUUGCUGCUUGAUCCCCGGGCCAGUGGCUACUUCGCUGAAGAGGCAGAGCACGCGACUCUGCUCACCCUCCUCACACCUCUAGCACAAGAUGAAACAUCAUCAUCGCCUUACAAUCUUCGCAUCGUUGCCCUCCAACUCACUUGCAAUCUCUUCAGCUCACCGCUAUACCCAGCGCAACUUGCUACUUCGUCUUCUUCCCUCCGCACGACGUGCCUCAGCUUCGCCACCAAUUCCCUCCUAGACUCACAUGCCAAUCUUCGUGUUGUUGCUGCCUCCUUUGCAUACAACCUUGCUGCCUUCAACCACAAUUCCCGCUUCACUGGGAAGGCUGAUCCCUUACCUGAGGAAGAUCAGGUUGAAUUGAGUGCAUCCUUGCUUGAGGCUAUUUCGCGUGAGGAUCAGAGCCCCGAUGCGUUACAUGGCUUGCUUUAUGCUCUGGGGCUCAUUGUUUAUGAAGCACCACUGGAUGGGGCUCUCGUCGAUCUUUGUCGUGCGAUGGGUGUUGCGGAGACUCUUUCUGGGAAGAUGAAUGUUCCAGCUGUGCAAAAGGAACCUCUCCUCAAAGAGCUGAGUGGAGAACUGUUCACCAAGGGGCUGUAA